GUGGCGCUGGAUCCACCUGAGGAGGUUGUGGGGUGACGGCGCGGACGCCAUUUUGUCGGUGUUUGUCGCAGCGGCUGGAGAGAAACGACGGCGGUUUGGCGACAUUUCUCGGCCAAAAGGCCUUUUGCUUUUGCGGAGAUGCGGCAUUCCAAACGAACUCACUGUCCUGAUUGGGAUAGCAGAGAAAGCUGGGGCCAUGAAAGCUACAGUGGAAGUCACAAACGGAAGAGGAGAUCUCAUAGCAGUACGCAGGAGAAUAGGCAUUGUAAACCACAUCAUCAGUUUAAAGACACUGAUUGAUGUUCCAUUGGGGCUGUUUACCAGAUUGCUUUCUAAAUUAGCCAGCUGGGGUUACUUUAAAAACAGGAUCUUUGUGUACAAAUCUUUGCCUGUGGUUAUUUCCUGAGAGUAGAUUCUAAGAAGAGGCAUUUUCAAGUUAAAGGUGCUCCAUGUGCAUCCCUCUUGAAGCUUCGCACUCUGUUGAAGAGGACACUCAUCCCAGUCACUAUUUAGAAGCAAGAUGCUUGAAUGAGAGAGAUUAUCGGGAUCGGAGAUACAUUGAUGAAUACAGAAAUGACUACUGUGAAGGAUAUGUUCCAAGACAUUACCAUAGAGACAUUGAAAGCACUUACCGGAUCCAUUGCAGUAAAUCCUCAGUCAGAAGCAGGAGAAGCAGCCCUAAAAGAAAACGUAACAGACACUGUGCGAGUCAUCAGUCACAUUCGAAGAGCCACCGAAGGAAAAGAUCCAGGAGUAUAGAGGAUGAUGAGGAGGGUCACCUGAUCUGUCAAAGUGGAGACGUUCUAAGAGCAAGAUAUGAAAUCGUGGACACUUUAGGUGAAGGGGCCUUUGGCAAAGUUGUAGAGUGCAUUGAUCAUGGCAUGGAUGGCUUACAUGUGGCAGUGAAAAUUGUAAAAAAUGUAGGCCGUUACCGGGAGGCAGCUCGCUCUGAAAUCCAAGUGCUGGAGCACUUGAACAGCACUGACCCCAAUAGUGUCUUCCGAUGUGUCCAGAUGCUAGAAUGGUUUGAUCAUCAUGGUCAUGUUUGUAUUGUGUUUGAGCUGCUGGGCCUUAGUACCUAUGAUUUUAUUAAAGAAAACAGCUUUCUGCCAUUUCAAAUUGAUCACAUCAGGCAAAUGGCUUAUCAGAUCUGCCAAUCUAUAAAUUUUUUACAUCAUAAUAAAUUAACACACACGGAUCUAAAACCUGAAAAUAUUUUAUUUGUAAAGUCUGACUAUGUGGUCAAAUACAAUUCUAAAAUGAAACGAGAUGAGCGCACGUUGAAAAACACAGAUAUCAAAGUUGUUGACUUUGGAAGUGCGACAUAUGACGAUGAACAUCAUAGUACUUUGGUGUCCACAAGACACUACAGGGCUCCAGAGGUCAUUUUGGCUUUAGGUUGGUCUCAGCCUUGUGAUGUUUGGAGCAUAGGCUGCAUUCUUAUUGAGUAUUACCUUGGAUUCACAGUCUUUCAGACUCAUGAUAGUAAAGAGCACCUGGCAAUGAUGGAGCGGAUACUUGGGCCCAUCCCGGCACACAUGAUCCAAAAGACAAGGAAACGCAAGUAUUUCCACCAUAACCAGCUAGAUUGGGAUGAGCAUAGUUCAGCUGGGAGAUACGUUAGGAGACGCUGCAAGCCGUUAAAGGAAUUUAUGCUGUGUCACGAUGAAGAGCAUGAGAAGCUGUUUGACCUGGUUCGAAGAAUGUUGGAGUAUGACCCAACAAAAAGGAUUACCUUGGAUGAAGCUUUGCAACACCCUUUCUUUGACUUAUUAAAAAGGAAAUGAAUGGGAAUCAGUGGUCUUCCUAUAUACUUCUCUAGGAGCAAUUACUUUAAGACUGUGUCAGUCAACUAAACAUUCUAAUAUUUUUGUAAACAUUAAAUUAUUUUGUACAGUUAAAUGUAAAUACUGUAUGUUUUGUAUCAAUAGCAUAACUACCUUGUUGAGUAUGGUGUUGAUAAUGAAUGCAAUAUGAGUUAAAAUGGAUUUUCCUUUGAUGUUAAUUGCCAUUUUUAAAGGCCUUUACAGUGCCCCUUGUGUCCAGUGGUAAACGUGAUUGGUCUCAUCUUUUGUACAUUAAGGUUGACUCUGAAGUGAUUUUUUUUUCCCUCAAGUAAAAGGAAAUCUUGA